UCGGACAUCGCCUGCCGGUCGAGUCGCCACGCUGCAGGCCGCGCCGCCCCACCACUCGCCUCCACUUUCCCCAACGCCACCCCUCCCCCGUCCGCCACCACCCCACCCCACUUGCCGUCCGCUUGCUCCCCGCGUCGCGUCCCCGGCCGUCGCCAUAAGUAGCGCUCGCGCUCGCAGGCAGCUACCACCUACCCGUACUAGCUCGAUCGCAAGCAUCCCCCUCGGCAACCCAACCAUGUCCCCGACCAAGACCGGCGUCGCCGCGCUCCUCGCCCUCCUGGCGCUGUCGGCACCCCUGGCCGCGUCGGCCGCCGGCGGCUACGGCCGGCCCAACCCCGGCGGCGGCGGCGGGAUCCCGUGGUUCGGCGGCGGCGGCGGGGGCCCGUGGCAGCCGGGCGCCGGCUUCUUCGGCGGGUGGGGCGAGGGCGGGCUCGGGUACCGGCGCGGCGCGGUGGUGCCGCCCUCCACGGUGUGCGCGGAGCAGGGGGCCUGCCGCGGGAAGCGCCUCACCUGCCCGGCCCGCUGCUUCAGGUCCUUCAGCUACAAGGGCAAGAACGGCGGCGGCGGCGGGGGAAGCGGCGGCUGCAGCUUCGACUGCACCACCCGCUGCGUGGCCACCUGCUGAACCAUCACAUCAGUUAUCAUCAGUAGCUUAGCUAGUAUACUAGUACACUGCUUCCAGUAGUGGUUGCUUGUCAUGGAUCAUGGAGCUGUGGGUGCUUGAUAUUAUUAGUGUGGUGCUCGUGGUAUGUGCGUGUCUGUAAAUCUCAGCUGCGGGUGUUUUGAUCAAUAAGACGCAUCAAUAAAACGAGGAUUAUUAUCAUC